AAAACAGAAAACUUGGGAAAUGUCCCAAUACUUUCACCACAACCCCGUCAAAGUUGUGUCCAGUUCCCUGUUUGGCACUGCGUCAGAGGCACUGCAUGCAAGGUUCAAGAAAAUUAAGAGGAAGGAUGUUGAAUGCCGGGAGUUCUUCAGGAAAGUCUUAAAGAGCCCUUUGUUCCAGCUCCUCAUGAUCAGCAUCAUCACCUCUAACGCCUUUUUCAUGGUCUUGGGGACUGAUUACAACAUAAGGUACAAACUGUUCCGACUCUUUGAGGUCUCAGAGAUUCUCUUUGUCUCCAUUUAUACCUGUGAGUUCUUCAUGAAGGUCUAUGUGGACCCCACUAAAUACUGGAGGGAUGGCUAUAACCUACUGGAUGUGGCCAUUAUCCUUAUUAUCUUGAUACCCUAUACCCUCCGCAAGAUCAAGGGAAGACGCUACAGAUACCUCCACAUUGCUGAUGGCAUACAGUCUCUGCGAAUUCUCAAGCUUAUCUCCUACAGCAGAGGCAUCAGGACGCUCAUCACUGCCGUGGGGCAGACGGUCUACACGGUGGCCUCUGUGCUGACUCUCCUCUUCGUCCUCAUGUUCAUCUUCGCCAUCCUGGGAUUCUGCCUGUUUGGAAUCCCAGAGAAGGGUGACCUGAAUAACUGGGGGAACCUGGCUGCCGCCUUCUUCACUCUCUUCAGUCUGGCUACGGUUGAUGGCUGGACGAACCUGCAGGAACAGCUGGACAAACGCAAGUUUACUGUGAGCCGGGCAUUCACCAUCAUCUUUAUCUUGCUUGCUUCCUUCAUCUUCCUCAACAUGUUCGUGGGUGUGAUGAUCAUGCACACGGAGGACUCCAUCAAGAAGUUUCAGCGGGAGCUGAUGGUGGAGAGACACCUGACGCUUAUAGAGGAGAAGCAGAUGAUUCUCAGGCGCCAGCAAGAGGAGGUCAACAGACUGAUCAACACACAGAAAAGCGGUGGCAAGAACUUCACUGAGCUGGUGGAGGAAUUCAAGAAGACCCUACGGCACACGGACCCCAUGGUCCUGGAUGAAUUUGGCACUAGCCUCCCCUUCAUUGACGUCUACUUGUCUACCCUGGACAACCAGGACACUACUAUCAACAAGCUUCAGGAACUGUACUAUGAGAUUGUGAACGUGUUGUGUCUGAUGCUUGAAGACUUGCCCCAGGAGAAGUCGUCCCAUAGCUCGGAAAUCAUGAUGGACGCUGUAAACGGGCGGGCGCGGGCCGGAGAGCGGGUGUGCAAAGUGGGCGGGGGCCCUGGGGCUUCGGCCCCGCGCUCUCCUGGCUCGACACUGCCGACUGGCCACCGCCAGCUGCGGCUCUGCGGCCUGAAGCUUGUGGCCCCCAGCGCAGGGCUGCUGGGCUCUCCCCGGGGCCUUGGCUACUCCAGCGCGGGUGCCGGAUCCCGGGCAGACGCGGUCAUCCCCAGCCAGGCGCACGCUCCAGCAGCGAUCCUUGCCGCCCGCCCGCCGGGCCACACUCGGAGAGAGCCCCUGGCUUCUGGACCGGGUGGCAAUCCCAGGCUCUCCAGGCUCCCUACGUCCAGUUCACCGGCUCAGGCGCUCCAGCCCGGACGCAGGCGACCAGGCGUCUUCUCCCUGCGGCCUCGGCGCUGGCUUCCCCGGCCGCGUCCCCUCGGUGGAGUGGGCAGCUGGGACCCGUGGGGCCGAAUAUACCACCUGCGCCGCCGCUAG